CCGCCUCACCGUCCAUCAUUCUUUUUGCGGUCGGCUAACAGUCGGUGACUCGAAGAGCGGACGCGUAGAAAGACAGAGAGAGAAGACAGACGACAGUCGCAGCCAUGAACCAGGUUCCGUCACCAACCAGUGCCUCUCCUACAGGAGGCGCUUCCAAGAAGGAAGAUCACAUCAAGCGGCCGAUGAACGCAUUUAUGGUCUGGUCUCGUAUGCAGCGACGGAAGAUUGCCCAAGAAAACCCGAAGAUGCACAACUCGGAGAUUUCUAAACGCCUGGGGUCCGAGUGGAAGCUGCUGACGGAGGCCGAGAAGAGACCGUUCAUCGAUGAGGCCAAGAGGCUGAGGGCUCAACACAUGAAGGAGCAUCCUGACUACAAGUACCGACCUCGCAGGAAGCCCAAAACCCUCCAGAAAAACGGCUACAGCUUCCCGCUGCCCUACCUGGCAACGUCAGCGCUCGACCCUCUUGGACCGCUGCACCAGACUUACUACUCGACUCCCGCCGUGCCCUCGCCGCUGGACGUCGCCGGGGAGAAGUCGCGUCUCUUCCCAGCUGCCGCCACCCUCCCGCCUCACUUCUAUCCCGGAUUCGACCCUCAGCAUUUCAGCAAACUGGCGGCAGCACAAGACCACUACAAGCCCAUGACUUCCCUUCCCUGUUCAGACUCUGCGGCCGCGGCUGCAGCCAGCGUCUCGGCCGCCGCCUCCAUGAGCGGGAUGUCAACGGUAUCGGCGUUAUACUCCUCCCUUUAUUCCAAGUCGGCGUCCUCUCUCUUGUCGGGAAUGUCAGCGGGACUGACGACUGGGCAGCAGCAGCAGCAGGCAGCAGCGCAUCAGGCUCAACUCUACCCAGGCUACCCUCCCGCCGUCGACCAACUUCGCCGGCCUGUGUCGGUCAUCUUCUGAGAUGACCUGUGAGUGUCACGUCCGGUGACGAAGCAGCCCGACUUGGUGCCGAGGUCAAGGGGCGGUCAGACUGUAAUAUAGUGUACAUAGUACAUAGUGACGUGUAAACCACUUUCCCUCCUGUUCCGAACUUCGUUAACGAUGUGUUAAGUGUCCAUUCCUGUGCCACAACUGUGUCAGUCAUGAUAACGAUGAAAUAAACCCGCAGUCAGUAGAAGGCUGCCUCAGAGUGCCACAGCAAGUAUCCUUAAGCGAGGACAACUUAUACACGAACGCUCAGUUCCAUGAGGGACCUGCCUGCCAGGGGCCGCCAGAUUUUCUUGACGCUUCAAGAAAUUGUCUACGGCGGUGCCAUGGGUACAUCCUGUCCCUCGAGCCGCCCCCGAUGAAGGCAGAGUUCGGAAGCGGCGGCGGCGGCGGCGGCGGCGGCGGCGGUGGCGGUGACGGCGGCAUCGGCAUCCUGCUCCUGCUGUUGCUGUUGAGGCGCGACUUGCAAUCCUCCCUGCUGAGCCCAAUGAUGUUUUGUGUGUGUAUAUUGACCGAGUAGGGGCGAUGUGAAACCGUGUCUUGUUGCAAUGUAAGUAAUCUUCUGAGAGUUUCCGUUGGCUGAACUGAUUCUCUUUUUAUAUAAUUAACACUGGCUAAGAAUAAAAGUGAGCCUAUAAAGAGAACAGGAAGACUUACAUUGCUCCUAGACUUUUUAUGUUUAAUAAAUUAACAAGUGUACAAGUGCGUAUAGACUAGUCUUUUUUUUCGAAGCUCAUCAGUGGAGUAUAUUUAACUUUGUUGUUUUAAUGUUGAAUUAUAUAUGUGUAAAACGUACUUUUUUGUACCAUGUACAUAACAAAACGCUGAUGUUAUUAAUAAUAAUCGA